CCAUGCUCAGGGCAGUUUUGGACGCUCCUCAGUGGUUGCUGAAGAAGGGGAGAGAGUCCCGGAAGCUGGUGUUACUGGUGGUGUUUGUCGCUCUACUCCUGGACAACAUGCUGCUCACUGUGGUGGUGCCCAUUGUGCCCACCUACCUAUAUGCCACAGAGUUCAAAGUCAACACUUCUGUGUACCCUGGGCCCACCACAGCUUCCCAGCCUGCCCUCACUUCUGCCUUUUCCACCAUCUUCUCCUUCUUUGAAAACAACACCUUGGCUAUCGAAAAAAGUGUGCCCAGUGGCAUAGCAUGGACAAGUGACACUCCCGGCACCAUCCCCCCUCCGGUCACCGAAGCCAUCCCAGCCCAUGAAAACAACUGCUUUCAAGGCACAGAGUUCUUGAAGGAAGAGAACCUAUGGGUUGGGCUUCUGUUUGCUUCCAAGGCUCUGAUGCAACUUCUGGUCAACCCAUUCGUGGGGCCUCUCACCAACAGGAUUGGAUAUCACAUUCCCAUGUUUGCUGGCUUUGUUAUCAUGUUUAUCUCCACAGUUAUGUUUGCUUUUUCUGGUACCUAUACCCUGCUCUUUGUGGCCCGAACUCUUCAAGGCAUUGGAUCUUCAUUUUCAUCUGUUGCAGGUCUUGGGAUGCUGGCAAGUGUCUACACUGAUGACUGUGAGAGAGGGAAGGCCAUGGGAAUUGCCUUGGGGGGCCUGGCCUUGGGAGUGCUAGUGGGAGCUCCGUUUGGAAGUGUGACAUAUGUAUUUUGGGGGAAGAUUGUACCCUUCCUCAUCUUGGCCUUCCUGGCACUACUGGAUGGAGCACUCCAGCUUUGCAUCCUACAGCCUUCCAAAGUCUCUCCCGAGAGUGCCAAGGGGACUCCUCUCCUCACACUUGUCAGAGACCCUUUUAUCCUGGUGGCUGCAGGCUCCCUCUGCUUUGCCAACAUGGGGGUGGCCAUGCUCGAGCCCACACUGCCCAUCUGGAUGAUGCAGACCAUGUGUGCCCCUGAGUGGCAGCUAGGUCUAGCUUUCUUGCCUGCCAGUGUGUCCUACCUCAUUGGCACCAACCUCUUUGGCAUGUUGGCCAACAAGAUGGGUCGGUGGCUGUGCUCCCUGAUUGGGAUGGUGGUAGUAGGUACCAGCUUGCUUUGUAUUUCUCUGGCUCAUAAUAUUUUUGGUCUCAUUGGCCCCAAUGCAGGGCUUGGCUUUUCCAUAGGCAUGGUGGAUUCCUCUAUGAUGCCCAUCAUGGGGCACCUGGUGGACCUGCGCCAUGCCCCGGUGUACGGGAGUAUCUAUGCCAUCGCUGAUGUGGCUUUUUGCAUGGGCUUUGCUAUAGGGCCAUCCACUGGGGGUGCCAUUGUGCAAGCCAUUGGCUUCCCCUGGCUCAUGGUCAUCAUCGGGAGCAUCAACAUCAUCUACGCUCCUCUCUGCUACUACCUGAGGAGCCCCCCAGCCAAGGAGGAGAAGCUUUCAGUUCUGAGCCAGGACUGCCCCAUGGAGACCCGGAUGCACGCAGCCGAGAAGCACAUGAGGGAAUUUCCUCGGGGGGAGGACAGCAAUGAGGAGCCUGGCUGUGAGGAGUAG